GUUCAGGGAAGAUACUGCCGUGUUCUUGUGUUGUUGUGACCACAGGGACAUUCCUUAGAGGAGAAAUAAACAUUGGUCUUGAUGCUUUCCCUGCUGGAAGAAGAGGCGAACCUCCUUCAGUCAAACUAGCAGAAACGUUUGACAAAUUAAACUUAUCUCUUGGUCGGCUAAGGACAGGUACUCCUCCAAGGUUAAAUGGAGCUACAAUAGAUUACAGUGCUACAGCACCACAGUAUCCUGAUGAAGACCCAGUCCCAUUCUCAUUCCUCAAUGAAUACAAUGGAGUGACAUUAGCCAGUCAGCAAUUACUCUGUUACCUCACACAGACAAACUCACUUACUCAUCGAAUAAUAACUGAGAACGAGCACCUCAAUAAACACAUAUUGGACGAGGUCACUCCACCAAGGUACUGCCCAUCAAUUGAGAGCAAGGUGGCUCGUUUUGGUGAUAAACCUCAUCAAGUUUGGCUUGAACCGGAAGGUUUUGAGAGUACUACUGUCUAUCCAGGUGGAAUAUCUUGUACACUUCCUGCUGAACUGCAGCAAAAGAUGGUGAACACUAUACCAGGAUUAGAAAAUGCCAUAGUAACACAUCCUGGAUAUGGUGUGGAGUAUGAUUACGUUGAUCCUCGUCAGCUAAAACCAACACUAGAGACAAAACAAGUUGAUGGUUUGUUCCUGGCUGGACAGCUUAACGGGACCACCGGCUAUGAAGAGGCAGCCGCUCAAGGGAUAGUGGCUGGUAUAAACGCUGCUUUAAAGGUAAGGGGCAGUGACCCUUUUGUUGUCAAUCGAUCGGAGGGCUACAUUGGAGUACUUAUUGAUGAUCUGACGACACGUGGUACCACAGAGCCAUACAGAAUGUUCACCAGUCGUUCAGAGCAUAGAUUAUCA